CAGUAUGACAUGCAGAUGAGUGCCGUCGACCUUAGAAUCACCGCACACUUCACUCAUUUGGCCAGUCACGGGGCCAAAACCAGUGUUUGGAGCCACAGUGUGGCGGUGGAGGCAGCAGCAAUGGGAGGCCAUACAGCAACCUAUGACAAAAUGGAAACCAGCAGGAGUGUGAGGAGACCUGAAAGUGGCACAUGGCAGAGUGUGGCGAUGGAGACAGCAGCAAUGGGAGGCCGUACAGGGACCCAUGAGAGACUCUGGACUUGGCAGCAGCAUGAGGAGGCGGUAUAUAGGGGCCCAUGGCAGAUUAGGGGCCUGGCAGCAGCUAUGGGAGGCCCGUAAUCUGCCAGCACCCUAUGUCAAAAAAUUGAACACACCAGCAGUGUGAAGAGACCUGAAAGUGGCACAU